AAAUAAGAUUAAUUAGUUGGUUAGAGCAUUCUGUUUCUUUUUUGCACUCAAGUUGAAGUGCUCUUUUAGUAGUUAAAUGAAUUUUAACGUAAAUAAUCGCUUAGAUCAGUAAAUAUUUGAAAUGAAAAGGGAAAAAAGCAAGAAAAUCAUUGCCCAACUCAAAAUCAGUACCUUUGAGUUUUUUUAAAAAUUGUGACAAGUCACAAUCCCACUAUACAAAUGAGGGCACAUAAAGUCAUAAUUCAAAUUGUUGAGGCCAUUUUUGUUUUCUGGUUUUUUUUAGUUCAAAUAACAAGAAAAUGGUAGACAAAAGAUAAAUAAUAGUUACAUGAAAAACUAAAAAAACCAGUUUUGACUAUUUGUUUUGUUUUAUACAUAUUUACCCUCCUUUCUCUUCUUUGACCUCUAUCAUCUCUCAUGUUCCCUCCUUUCUUUAACCAAAAAAACUAAAAAUAAAAAAUAAAACACUAAUUCCCAACUGUCCACACAUAUAUACACCCCAACACAAGCACUCAGCACCAACAAAAAUUCAAACACUUGAGAACCCAAACUUGCUCAUCAUCUCUUUCCAAAAACAAAAAAACACAAAAAAAACAAAAAGCUUGGUCAUCAUCUCAAUGGCAGAGCUAGAGAACCCAGCAGUGAUGACACAGAUCAUAACUUUCCUCUCUUCUCUGGUUCAAAGAGUGGCGGAAUCGAACGACCUCAACAGUCAUUUCCAACCCCAGAAAAUCUCAGUCUUCCAUGGUCUAACUAGACCCACCAUUUCCAUACAGAGUUACCUAGAGAGGAUUUUCAAGUAUGCCGAUUGCAGCCCAUCUUGCUUAAUCGUUGCAUAUGUUUAUCUGGAUCGAUUUUCGCAGAGGCACCCCUCGUUGCCAAUCAACUCAUUCAACGUUCACCGGUUGCUGAUUACAAGUGUCAUGGUGGCUGCAAAGUUCAUGGAUGACAUGUACUACAACAAUGCAUAUUAUGCAAAAGUUGGAGGAAUAAGCACAAUAGAGAUGAAUUUUCUUGAAGUGGAUUUCCUAUUUGGUUUGAGCUUCGACUUAAACGUGACCCCCUCAACCUUCACCACCCACUGUUCGUAUCUCCAGAGGGAGAUGCUUCUAUUGCAACCACCUCUAGAUUCUGCAGAUUCUUCUCUUAGUUUAGGCAAAUCACUAAAGCUCCACUUGUGCUUUGAUGAGGAUGAAACCUCCCAUCAGCAGCAACAACAGCAGCAGCUAGCUGUUUGACAUAAAACCCUUAAAGGGUGUCCAAAAAGUAGUUGUUGAGGUAGUGAUUUCUGUAAAUUUUAUUGUUUUUUGGCCUGGCAAAAUGAACAUUAGACUUUUGUGUAAUUCUUUUCUUUUCUCUUUUCUUUAUGAUUUUCAGAUAAUACUUAGCUAUAAGCCAUUUAAU